AUGGUCGAUUUCUAUCUAUCUAUCUAUCUAUCUAUCUAUCUAUCUAUCUAUGAAGAUAUUCUGUUGCAAUCUAUCAACAUAUGCCUGUUGCAAUCUAUCUAUCUAUCUAUCUACAUACGUCUUUUUCUAUCUAUUUAUCUACAUUUUUCAGUUUCUAUCAACAUAUAUCUAUUUCUUUUUUCAUUCAUUCAUUCUUUCUUUCUUUAUUUCUUUCUUUCUUUCUAUCUAUCUAUCUAUCUAUCUAUCUAUCUAUCUGUCUGUUUCUAUAUAUCUGUCUAUCAACACAUGUCUGUUGCAAUCUAUCAAAAUAUGCUUGUUGCAAUCUAUCUAUCUAUCUAUCUAUCUAUCUAUCUAUCUUUUUACAUCUGUCUGUUUUAUCUAUAUAUCUAUCAACAUAUGUAUAUUGCAAUCUAUCUAUCUACAUAUAACUAUUUCUGUCUAUCUAUCUACAGUUUUCAGUUUAUCUCUAUCAAAAUAUGGCUGUUUCUUCAAUCUAUCUAUCUAUCUGUCUAUCUAUAG